CCUGACUAGUAUUUGUAUAGUAAACCUCCUAAUACUAUCUACUACAUACUACAUCCCGUAAUUCUGAUAAACAGUAACGCCCUGUUUGACCCGUUUAUCUGUGCAAAAUCAGAAAAAGAAACAAAAAUCAAGUAAUGACAAAGUUGCUCCACUAUUUAUCCCAUGCAUUUAAAACAAAGAAGCAGAAUAGACAGCAUGUAAACAUCAUUCCUGAUACAAUACAGUCCAAAAUUAUGCUCACUGAUUCUCAGCCUCGCCAAGAGGAAAACUUAAAUACCCUCGAAAAUACUGUUGAAGAUAUUCUAGAAAAAGUAAAUAAUAUUACUGAGUUUGGAGAAUUUCAUAAAAACACGGAGAAGCUGACCCAAACAGCACAGAAAUCACCAUUAUCGACGUCUUCAUCGUCGCGACCGGCAUUGAAAUGCAUCGAUACUAGUCUUACAUCUAUGGAGGUGUCAACGGAUGUCAAAACCCAAUAUACACCGACUAAAGGAGGUCUAUUCAGAUAUAUUGAUGAUGAUAAUCGCCGCGACAGCAUCAAUAAUAACGAUGAUGACGGGGAUGAUGAAGGCGACAAACAUUAUCAUACAAAAGGUAGACGAGAAAAUUGUACUGACGGUGAAGAAGGCACGAUUGAAAAUGAACUGCGUUAUAUGAUGAAAAGUCAAAGAUGCCAGAUGAAAAAAAAUCCACAUGGGUUAAAAUUAUUUGAAACAAAGCUUGGUCGUGGUGGUGGUGGUGGUAGUAGUAGUAGUAGUAUGAAAGGCAGAUCAUUCCACAGAACUGGUGAAGACAGUAGAAGGUUAUAGUGCAAAGAUGAUGUUGAGAAUAUAAUAAUAUAUAAUAUA